AUGGCCAAACCCGGCGUCUUUGAUUCCGAUCCGACGGUGAUGGCGAAGGCGAUUGAAUUAAAGAAGGAACUGCAGAAGCUAGUUAGGACCAUUGUGGACGAUGAGGAGGAUUACCGUACGGAAACAAUCGAUCAAGCAAGAGAGACGCUUUGUGCCUUGAAGGAACUCAAGGUGAAGAGGAGAUCAUUGUCCUUGAGGCUGCGUGAAACUUUGUCGUGUCCCGAAGAGUUUAAGUGUCCUUUAUCCAAGGAAUUGAUGAGAGAUCCUGUGAUUUUGGCUACGGGCCAGACUUAUGAUAGACCCUUCAUCCAGAAAUGGCUGAAAGGAGGCAAUCGGACAUGUCCACUAACACAACAAGUACUGUCACAUACGAUCCUCACUCCAAAUCUCUUGAUAAGGGAAAUGAUAUCACAAUGGUACAAGAGUCAGGGGUUAGAAUUGCCAGACCCCAUUCAAUAUGUUAAUGAAGAAGGAAUAACAGAAGCAGAUCAUGUCUUUUGCACUUCCUCAACAAAAGAAGCUGCAAGGGAGCUGAGGUUGUUGACAAAGAAGAUGCCCUCAUUCCGGGCCUUGUUUAGCGAGUCAGUUGAGGCCAUUCCUCAAUUGCUCAGCCCACUCUCUGAGAUUAAGUCGGGAAGUUCGAUUCACCCUGAUCUUCAAGAAGAUGUCAUCACCACCCUGUUGAACCUUUCGAUCCAUGACAAUAACAAGAAGCUUGUUGCUGAAACCCCUAUGGUAAUUCCUCUUCUUAUGGAAGCAUUAAGGUCUGGAACCAUUGAAACAAGGACUAAUGCAGCUGCUGCCCUUUUCACACUAUCUGCUCUUGAUUCCAACAAGGCACUCAUUGGGAGAUCAGGUGCCCUAAAACCACUCAUUGACCUUUUAGAGGAGGGACAUCCUUUAGCUAUGAAAGAUGUUGCUUCCGCAAUUUUUAAUCUGUGUAUUAUCCAUGAAAACAAGGCGAGAGCUGUGAAGGAUGGUGCAGUAAACGUGAUUCUGACGAAGAUUAAAAAUGGCAUACAUGUUGAUGAGUUAUUGGCUAUCCUUGCUAUACUUGCUAGUCAUCAAAAGGUGGUUGAGGAACUGGGAGACUUUGGAGCUGUUCCUUGCUUGCUUCGCAUUAUCAGGGAGAGCACUUGUGAACGCAACAAGGAAAACUGCAUUGCCAUUCUCCAUACCAUCUGUUUGAACGACCGAACCAAGUGGAAAGCAAUAAGGGAUGAGGAAAGAACCUAUGGAACAGUUUCUAAGCUGGCUCGAGAUGGCACUUCAAGGGCCAAGAGGAAAGCUAAUGGCAUCCUUGAGAGACUGAACAGGGCUGUCAAUCUGACUCAUACAGCAUAA